AAAAUAAAAAUAAAAUAAAUAUUUUUUAUAAUAAAAAAAAAAUAAAAAGAAAGCCCCUCUUUUUCAAGGUCCAAUUUUAAAAAAUAAUAAUAUUUUCAACACAAGUGAAACAACAACUAGUAGAUUUUUACCUCACUUUCCUGGCCUUGAAGGCUGCGGUCACACUUAUGGUUGGGUACUCUUGUAUGCCGCUCUUUAAAAGUAUAUUUUAGAGGCUUUUUGUGAAAUCUGAGCUGGUAAAAACAGCAUAUUGUUAAAAAAAUGUUGAAGAUUUGAGUUUCGUCACCUAAUAAGCAUAAGCGCAGGCUGCCCAACAUUAUUAUUACUUCAUUUUUCCCCCCCAAAAGCAGGUCUCGAUAAAGAGCAGUCAUCCUUUAUUCGUGUCAAUACGACAUAAGCAGUCUCUUUCUUUAUGGAGCAUUUCUCCUGCAUGUGAAUGUCCUCAGCAGUGCCUUUUUUGUCCUCUUAUUAAACGUUUUUGAAAGGCUUGCACGCGCACUCGUCUUGCGUCAGUGGGUGAUAAACGUAUUCUGACGGGGACAUGAGAGAAUUCUCACGCAGGGCUUGAUGAUACAGAGCAUUGUUUCGUCUCUUGUGUGGAGAUAUUGCCUGGUGAUUGUCACUUUAUGGAGUGUGACAGAUGAAAGGCGUCUUCCAAUCUCCUCCGGUUACGUCUUCAUGGCACGUAAUAGGCCAUCUUUGUAUUCCUGCAGCCGUGAUGCACCUUAGAACAACCUGCAGAGUGAAGCACUACACUUUGCGUGGUGAGUGAUACUGGGUGCACCAAUGUAAUAGUGUCUUCUAAUGUGCUGCUUUCGGGUUAUUCAUUCAUUUGGUGCAAAAAUCUGCUUGGAAUAACACACCAGUGCGUAUAAAAACAUACCAGGGGUGGCUGGUACAUUCCAGACAAAGAAUUUCUGCACUAACAGUAUUAGAUUUUUUUUUUAUUCCAAUUGCUGACACUUUGUUUACCCUUCCUGCCAUGUUUGGACUGAAAGCUUUCCUGCCGCGCCGUUAUGUGCGCUUUGUUCACACCAGCAGUGGUCUGGCCCUGAUGAAUGCAGACGGAAAGCAAGGAGCGCUUUAACACACAACAGAACAAAAAGUUCUUUGGCUCCUGGCAAAGAUGUUUUGACAGUCUACAAUCAGGAUGAUGAAGCCGGAGGUGUAAUGAUUUAUUUUACUUACGUGGAUGAAUUGAAAUGAAUUGAAAUGUUCAACUCCAAACGGACCGUCAUCAUCACGUUUCCUAACGCUGACGGGAACUUUACUUUAGAUGUACACGUUUAACAGAAACCACAUCAAUGUUUUAUUUGAUCAGCGCUAGCAACAUGAACAAACAAAAUAAAAUCAAAAUUGCAUGAUUUAUGGCACGUUAUGACUGCCCGGAGUCUUGUUUUGGAAGUGGUCAUUGCCAAACAUCGAGUCAACAACAUCUUCAACGCCAUUGUGGAAGGUUUUGGAUAGUUCUGUGAUGGCCUGGCUGUUUGUCUGCACGGCAGUUGGCUUGUUUUCUCUUUUUAAAGCCUUACUUCCUGUUUUGAUGCUCUUAUUUUGGUAGUUCUUUCUGCUUUGCCUGCUUUGUGUCUCGCACCUGUUGCUAAUUUGAAUUUUCCUUCUAUUUAGUUCAGGUGCGUUGCCCUUAGUUCGCCGUUGCAUUGUUCGUUGUAGCUCGCCAAUUGGUUCCUGCUUUCUGCAUCCUGGGGUCGUCGCCACAACGCCACAAGCCAAGAUGUGACAAGUUCCUUUUGACUUUAAUCCAAAAUGAUGGAACAGCGAACUUCUCCCUGCACACAACGCAUAAGCUGUUUGGCCACAUAGGCGGUUAAAAUAAAAUAAAAUAAAAUGAAAUACAUCUUCUACCAAUUAUCCGGGGUCAGGUCACGGGGACAGCAGCCUAAGCAGGCUUCCCAUUCACCAGGCACUUCGACCAGCUCCUCCUGGCGGAUCCCGAGGCGUUCCCAGGCCAGUUGCGAGACAUAGUCUCUCCAACGUGUCCUGGGUCUUCCUCGAGGCCUCCUUCCAGUCAGACGUGCCCUGAACGCUUCCCCAGGGAGGCAUCCUGACCAGAUGCCCGAGCCACCUCAUCUGCAUCCUCCAAGAUUCUAUGCCAUGUUUGUCACCUUAUCUCUAAGGGAGGUCCCAGCCCUGCCUUUCGGCUCAGCUCCCUUUUCACCGCAACGGGCCAAUGAAGAGUCCGCAUCACUGCAGACGCCGCACCAACGAGCCUGUCGAUCUCGUGCUUCAUCCUUCCCUCACUCGUGAACUAGACGCCGAGGUACUUAAACACCUUCAUUUAUUUUAUUUUCUUGUAUUUUUUUCAUUAAAGAAUUAUAAAAUGUGUAAUAUUUAUUAUUAUAAAAUAAAUGAUUAAAAAAAUAUUUCAAAAAAUUUACUUUAUUAAUGUAAUUUUAAUGUACAACAUCAGAAUGGACGAAGUCAAUUUGGUCAGUUUUAUAUAAGCCACACAUUGACAUAAUAAAAAGAAGUGUUAAGUGAACGCUACAGUAUAUCCUAAUUGUAUUUAUAAACAAGUAUGGGUCAAAACACGGCACAUUUUAUGAGUUAUUCUCAAGGAUUUUUUAUUUAAAAGCCAAACUUUUUCUGUAUUGUCUCAGGUGAAAGCGGUUUAAAGGUGCACGUAAGCCUUCAAAAAAAAAAAAAAAAAAAAAGCUUUUUGUGGCGAGCUCAAGGUUGAAAUAAUGGGAGGCCCCCCACCCAAAGGUAAAUACCACACUCUUUAGGAAGUGUAAAAAAUGUGGUGGCUCAGCGGUUCGCAGUAAAAACACAAACCAGCUGACUUUUACAGUCACUCCCACCAAAUUAUCCUAAGAGCCCUUGUGGACUUUGGGAGUUUUUUUCUCUGUAAAGGGUGAAAAGUUCAUAUUUAGGCAGGGUGGUGCCGAGACAAACACCCCCAGGAGGAUUCUAGUAUGUCUGAGCUCAAGGUGAAGAUGCUGGGGGCUCAAAUUCCCCAAAAUCACAGCUUUUACUCAAAAUAUACCAAAGUAUUGGGACACAUUGCAACUUUAUGAGGUUGAAAAGGGUGUUUUAAGAACAGGAUGCAGUGAAGGCCGUGUAGAAGGUCACCGGUGAGGACGCAGAUAGCAUCUCUCCUCUGCAGGCCGCAGCCCCUGAUGGCCAGCUUUUACCUUCCUGUGUCUCUGUGGGCUUCUCACGAGAGAAGCAAACACAUUAUCCACUCCGACUGCCAUCUCAACGGGAGGAAGGAGCAGAAGGCGAGAAGGAGGUAAUGAUCCGCAGUGUCCGGGUCAAAUUAGCUCCAUGAAUCACAACCAUUGAUUGUUGUUUAGCACCAAAGCCUUGUCUUUCUCUCUCACUUCAGUUAUGGCCACGUUAUGGUUAAGAAAAUAUUCUUGUUUGGACAAUUAAUACCACCAAUGUCUUCUUGUAAACAGAAUUUAUUUUAUUAUUUAUUAUUUUUAUAUAUUUUUUUAUCAUGUGUUUUAAAUGUCACCUCAUUUUCUAAAUAAUCAUUACAAAAAUAUAAUAUUUUAUACUAUAUUAAUAUUACUAAUUAAUAUGAUCAUAUGUUAAUAUUAUUCCAAUAAAUCACUUUUUUUCUACACAAUAAAUGACGGUUAGAAACCGGAAGUGGAGGGGUAAUUAGGUUAACGUGAUACACCUGUGCGUCCAGCGAGGACGCCACAACAGAAAAGGGAAUACCAGCAGGUAUUUUUGGACACUAUAACAAACUUGUAAAGUAACUCUGCAACACACAGUAAGCUGAGUCAAAAAGUCAAUGUUGCAUAUUGUUUUACGACCGUUCCAUGGCGUACUUUGGGAAGAAAUACACCGAUUUCCCUUGGAUGUGCUUGGACGCUGUUACCUGCCUGGAUUUGAAUCUUGCUACAGUAAAGGCUCCGACGUACAAAGGCAAAGCAUUUACAUCAAUCUCCAAUCUCCACACCUGCAGAUGUUACUGAACACUCCACCUGCCUCUGCAUGUCUGCCAAAUGAAUCUGUGUGAGGAGAUGAGUUUGGGAUGAAUUCAUCUCGGAUGGAUGAGGAACAGCUCCCAUAUGUUGGGCCUGCUGGGAUGCUGAGAGACGGAUACUUAUUUCCCCCGAGGUGGCGGUUGGUGGAACUAAAUGGAGUGGAGAUAGGGGACAUUUAUCUGUGAAGACUGAGGACACACACACACACACACGGCAAGCCGCAGUUCAUAUCCUUAUCAUGACCCAUUUCUCCUUAUGUUACCUGGUGUUAUGAAAGCUGCUUAUCGUCAGCCACGAAGACGAGGUCAGCUAUACGGAGGAAAAUUACCUUGAGUUGAGACCAGCAGGAGCAGAACAAAGCAGCAGACAAUGUUCCAGCAGAAAAACGUGAAAUCGGAUGACACAUCUUUUGAACCAUUCUGAUUUCCCAUCAGUUUUACAUUAGUAUCAGACUCUUGUUGGGGUAUGAAGACUGCGGGGAGUGGAAGGAGAAGGACUUCUCAGCAUCAUACCUCUGCCCCUUUCGCAACAUUAGCUUCCAACUUAUCGUUGAUGUGGACGUCCCGUACAUCCAGGUGAGAUCAGCCGCACAUACGCCAUAUUUCGUACUCUUUCUCACCUUCUUUAUCAAAGUGCUGGCACUCUCAACUUUUCUUUGGCCCUGUGGUCGCAUGGAGACGGAAGACAUACUUGGCUGCAACGUACGCAGAAUGGAGUCCGCAGAGGUCCACGCAGACUUAAAAGGACCCUGACUUGAGUCAACUUUGCUUAAAUGUGUUCUAUAUUGUGUGUAAUUAUGUUCUACAUUGUUCGGUUUUUGAAAGCGAAUGUUAAUUUUCAAAAAUCACAUUUAUACUUCAUGGUGCCAGCCAUGACGAGUCAGGUCUCGCAUUUCAGCCUCAUUUCUGGAAGUGGAGGUAAACAAGCAUAGCGGUGUAGGAGACAAAGGAUGUUUACGGUGAUUAUAGCGAAGAUUUCAGCGAUGUGUCAGUAGUUUUCCAGGAGAAAAGAAUGGAGAGACAUUUGGAGAUGAAAUGGAGAACUUGCAGAAUAUGGACUUAAGCCUUAAAACAUGGAGAUGAAUGGUUGCCCUCAAAACACAAAAUGGUCUGGGAUGUACCACUAAUUGGAAUUACCGCAAAGGCCCCAAUGAACUGCCGAGUCUCCUGUCAUUAACAGAUGAGCUGCAGAUGUGCUGGCCGGACGAGCAGGUGGGAGGAGUCCUCUGCAGGACUGCAACGAGACAGCAGAGGGCAGCAGACCAAGCAGAGUGCAGAUCAUGACAUCCAAUGAACUCGCCGCUGGUAUUCAUGCUGGAUGAGCAGUUUGCACUGUGCAGCCAGCAGCGGCUCCUGGGACUACCAGAGCGGGUCCUGACCCGGCGCCUAUGCCUGAUCCUCCUCCAGCUGCAGCUGCAAGCAAGGACACGAAACCGAGUGAUAAGGAAAAUAUGGACAAAACUCCGGCACCAGCACCAGUGUCAACCCCAACCCCGGCACCAGCACCGACGACUGCAGCUCCAGUUAACCCUGAAGUUGAACCUGAGGGAAAAGAGGCAGCACCACCUCCUCCAGUUAUCGUCAACCCCUAUUCAGAUGAGCAGCUUCGCUCCAUCGUGAAACGAAUGAGAGAGAGGCUACACAUCUACAAGGAGAAAGUGGCUGAUCAAUAUGCUUCAUCACCAGAGAUCAGCCCACCUGUCACACCCCUAUUACGCAAAGACCACUACGCUCAAGUAGUGGAGGAGAGGAACAGGCAAGCAGAGGAAGAUCGGAUAAAAAAGGAGGAGGCUGAGAAGAAGAAGAAAGAGGAGCAGGAGAAGAAAAAGAAGGAGAAUGAGCAGAAGAAGGAAGAGGAGGAGAAAAAGAAAAUGGAGGAAAAAGAUGUGAAAGAGAAGAAAGACUUGAAGGUCGUCUUAAUGGAGAAAAUGUGGACGACUGUGGAUGCCUUUCUCAAACCAUUGGAGGACUGUAUGGAUUCAGUACUUGGGACCACUAUUGAUCCUUUUACAGAUCGCCGCUACAUCGCCUGGCUGAGCUUGGUGACGCUCGCCUUCAACUACAACACCUGGUUCAUCACCGCCCGUCUGUGUUUCCCCUACCACACUGAGAGCGCCAUCCCGUACUGGUUCGCCCUGGACAUGCUGGCUGACCUUAUUUACCUCACGGACUGCAUCAUCUUCCAGCCCCGCAAACAGUUUGUCAAAGCGGGAGACGUCAUCAAAGACGGAGCAAUGACAAAGAAGAAGUACAGAGAAAGCGAAGGAUUAAUGGCCGACGUGGUGUCCGUCUUACCCUUCGACUUGCUCUACUUACAGUUUGGCUACAAGUCCAUCUUCCGAGCCAAUCGCUUGCUGAAGGUAGAAAAAUUUUUUGAGUUCAGCGACCGCCUGGAAAGCAUCAUGGCGAAGGCUUACAUCUGGAGAGUGAUUCGCACCAUCGGCUACCUCCUCUUCAUGCUCCACCUCAACGCUUGCAUCUACUACGUGGCUUCAGACUACCAGGGCAUCGGUAAAACCAAGUGGGUCUACUCUGGACUGGGAAGUGCUUACCUGGCCUGCUUCUUUUAUGCCGAGAAGUCCCUGCUGAUGAUUGCGGAGUUGCCUUUCCCUGACACCGUGUUUGGAAUGAUGUUUCAGAUGACUAAUUACCUUUUUGGGGCAUUGUUUAUGUCCAUCAUUCUUGGCCAGAUGAGAGAUGUCAUCGGUGCAGCCACAGCGGGACAGACUUACUUCCGCGCCUCCAUGGACGGCACCGUGUCCUACAUGGUGACCAAUCACAUCCCCUCCCUGGUCCAGAACAGAGUCCGGACUUGGUACACCUACACCUGGGAUGCCCAGGGCAUGCUGGAUGAAUCGGAGCUGCUGGAUAAGAUGCCUUUGGUGAUGAGAACCGCCAUCGCCGUGGACAUCAACUUGACCACUUUCCAAAAGAUUGAUCUUUUCAAGGGUUGCGACCAGCAGAUGUUGGUGGAUAUGUUACUGAGACUCAAGUCUAUCAUCUAUCUGCCUGGAGACUUUGUUGUAAAGAAGGGAGACAUCGGUAAAGAGAUGUACAUCAUCAAGAGUGGAGCCGUGCAGGUGGUGGGAGGACCCGACAACAGUAUCGUGUUUGUCACGCUGAAGGCUGGCUGCGUGUUUGGAGAAAUCAGUUUGCUGCAGUCCUCCAAAGACGGAGGAAACAGACGCACAGCCAAUGUCAAAGCCUUUGGUUUUGCUAACCUUUUUGUCUUGGAGAAGAAAGACUUGUUUGAUAUUCUCAUCCACUACCCAGAGUCUCAGAAAGUGUUGGCCCGCAAGGGAAGGAAAUUAAUGAAGGCAAAGGGUCCAGCAGCAGCUAAAGCCGAAGAAGAAAAGAAGAAAGGACUGGCACUUUUUGGACCCAAACCGCCCACACCUAAACUACUGCGAGCAUUUGGCGGAGGGCUAAACAAAAAAAUGAUUGAGAAACUUAAGUCUUCUGCUGGUGGCCAGUGAUGAAUCACUUCCAUUCAUUUGUUCUGUCAGCUCAGUUUUGGGAGUGAAUGUUUAGCUUCAUUUUCCUCCUCUUUUAUACUCUUACACCAUCUAUAUUUGUAAUUGCACCAAAAAAUGUUCUUAGAAUUGAGUUUUGUAUGUAAUGUCCUUCAUUGCAGCCGUCUGUUUACCCACCGCAGCGUCAGUUCUCAGUCGUUGUCCAAACCUGACACCGAUUGUUCACUGCUACAUUA